CGAGAGACGAUCGCUAUCUCGCUUGUUCUUCCUCACCAACCCCCUCUUUCGAGCAACCCUUUCCCCCAUCAACCUCCUUGUCCCCCUCUCUCUUCCGUCUCAAGCAAAGCCUCUCCCACCAUGGUCAUCACACACUUUCCUGAAAAGGUUGAAAAGUGGCCGGUCGACGUGCAGGCGCUGCCCGUGCCCGGAACUGAGCGGCCAGGGUACACGCCCAUCUGGCGCAACGCAACGAGGCCCGACCUGACGACACAAGAGACGACGUACGAUGUCUUUUCCGUCGGCCGCCAAAAGUCGCCCAACCUUCCGUGUCUGGGCCACCGACCUUGGGACAGCAACACGGGCGACUUUGCCAAGCACUUUGAGUGGCUCACCUACGCCCAGGUCGAGGAGCUCCGCACAGCUGUGGGCAGUGGUCUCACAAAGCUGCUUCAGGAGGGCAAGCUGGGCGAGGGAGUCGGUCAUACUCACUGGAUGACGGCCAUCUGGCUGCAGAACAGGCCCGAGUUCCAGAUCAUCGACCAGGCCUCGGUCGCCUACUCGCGCCAGGUCGUGUCGCUGUACGACAGCUACGACGACGCCUCGGCCCACUACGUGCUCAACCACUCCGAGUCGAGGGUGUGCUUCACCACGUCUUCGCAUCUCGCAAGUCUGCUCAACGGUGCCGCCGAGCUGCCAAAGCUCAAGACGAUCGUUCUCGUCGACUCGCGCAGCUUCAGCCCGCGCAGACCUGGUGAGCUCGAGGGAAGCCAGGUGGCUGAGCAGUGGGCCGCAUCCAAGGGCAUCACUCUUGUCUCUUGGAACGACCUCAUCGAGCUUGGCCGUAAGAACCUCGUCGGCCACACCCCUCCCACGGACAACAAGGAGACCGCCGCACUCUGCUAUACCAGUGGCACCACGGGUCACCCCAAGGCAGCCAUCAUCACCCAUGCCCAGUUGGCUUACUCUGGAGGCCUCUUCCUCAAUUACUUUGACGAGUACCCGCCAGAGAUGAUGCUCUCCUACUUGCCACUGGCCCACAUUUACGAGCGUAUCCUUGAGGCUGCCAUGCUCCGCAUGGGUGGCUCCAUCGGUUUCUUUUCGGGAGACGUCACCCGUCUGGUCGAGGAUGCCGGCAUCCUCAAGCCCACCUUCUUCCCCGGUGUCCCCCGUGUCUUCAACCGCAUCGCCGGUCUCAUCUCUGCACAGGCUGAUGGACCAGGUCUCAAGGGCAAGCUGCUGCGCACGGCCAUCAACGCCAAGCUGGCCAACCACGACAAGGACGCGACAUUGACGCACGCCUUCUACGACCGCCUCGUCUUCCGCAAGGUCCGCGACGUCCUGGGCGGACGGGUCAAGCUCAUGCUCACGGGCAGCGCUCCCAUCCGACCCGAUGUCAUCAAGCUGCUCCGCGUGUGCUUCAGCUGCGAGGUUCGUGAGGGAUACGGCCAGACGGAGAACUCCGGCAUCUGCGUCCUCAUGAACCCGGGCGACAAGGUCGUCGGCAACUGCGGCCCCCCUCUUAGCGGCAUCGAGAUCAAGCUUCGUGAUUGCCCCGAGCUCGGCUACACGGCGCAGGACAAGCCCUUCCCCCGCGGAGAGCUCCUGUCGCGUGGCCAGACAGUCUUCCCUGGCUACCUGAAGGACGAGGCAAAGACCAAGGAGACGAUUGACGAGGAAGGAUGGCUUCACAGCGGUGACGUGGCCUCAAUCGACGAGGCUGGCCGGGUGAGCAUCAUCGACCGUGUCAAGAAUCUCGUCAAGACGUCGCAGGGCGAGUACAUUGCCAUUGAAAACGUCGAGCAGAAGUUCGCCGCCCACAAGCUCCUUGCUCAGUUCUGGCUCUACGCCGACUCGAGGGAGUCGCACACCGUCGCCAUCGCCGUGCCGGAGCCAGACCCAUUCGCGCCAUGGGUGUCGGCGAUUGUGGGCAGACAAAUCGCGCCAACGGACCUGGAGGGGCUCGAGAAGGCGUGCCAAGAACCCAAGGUUGCCAAGUCUUUCCUGGACGAGCUGGCAAAAAUUGGGCGCCAGCACAAGCUCCGUGGCUUUGAGAUUCCAAAGGCGCUCAAGCUGCGAAUGGAUCCUUUCAGCAUCGAAAACGGCCUCCUGACGCCCACGUUCAAGGUCAAGCGGCAAGACGCAGCCAAGCUCUUGAAAAAGGACCUUGAUGACCUCUACGCCCAGAGCAAUGGCGCCUCAGCCAAGCUUUGAGUUAGUGAAAGUUCAAUAUACGUAUGGCGUAGAUCGUCCUCUUCAAU